UAUUAAAAUGCAAUACAUCUGGUCGUGACGCAACGGCUGUUAAUUUAUUAGACGCUUGUUGAUCUCGCAGAGUGAACCGCAUGAAGAAGCGUCUUUUAUUUCCCAAUGAUUUGCUGUGUAUACGUCCGCUACGGUUUCCCUCUUAUUGGUCGAGCCGUAUGCUGAUUUGAGAGACAGAGACGGUUAGUUUUCUCCCGAACCCCGUCAGUCUGUCAGUGGUCUGGAAAUACCAAAGCGUCUUCUCGCUGCUUACGCGCUCGCUCUCACACAAAGCAAAGCAGAGGGUUCCGGUGGCGCGAGCUGGAACGAUCCACUGAUGUCGCUUCUUCGUUUAGGUGUUUAACUGCUCUUUAAAAACGUCGAGGGAAUCUCAUCCUCCGACGUUGGGCUUUUUUUUUUUUUAGUUUUUGGAUUUUUUUUUUUUUUUUCCAGGGUUUAGACGCAGGAUUGUUUUGUGAUGGGUGGUGGAAGCGAAUCACGGAUUUCUUCUCUUUUUAUGGAGACCAAAGUGAACAGAUUUCAUACUGUUGAAAGCAAGUUUUAUCUUGAUAAAAAGCAAAUGGUGGAACAGAGGAUUCUUUAGGAGCGAAGGAUAGUUACUCAAGAUAACAACACUUUUCAAACACAGUUUUCUCAACAGAAAAGGGGGUUUUCUGGUCCGCUACAUUGGAUUUAACAUUUUGUUUGACUGACGCAGCAUCGUUUUGGGAGUAUCUUAUUUGGAGAUUUCAGUCCUUUUAUUCUACAUUUUGGGAAAGAAACUGUAUAUUUAAAAGAAUAAACCCGGAGACGAAGUUAUGGAGAUGCCGAUGAAAUAAACCCUUUAUCUCCGGGUCAAAUGACCGCUUUCACUCGUUCUCCAAUCUAACCACAUUAUUUAUGACAUGGAAAAACGGGGACUCCACAGCGUCCUUUAUUAUUUCAUUCUGAAUGCGCCCCUGCUAUUCUGUGUAAAAGCCACAUUUACUGAAGUGCCCAAAGAUGUAAGUGUCGGUGAGGGCGAGGACAUAGAGAUGCCGUGCGCUUUUCGAGCCGUCGGAGUCUCGCCGUUCUCUCUGGAGAUUCAGUGGUGGUACCUCAAGGAAGCGGCCCCUAAAGAGCUCACUCACGAACUGCAAAUUAGCGCUCCGGCCAACAGAGCCAAGGUGACCCACCGGGACGCCACGAAAAUAAGCACGGUAAGGGUCCAGGGCAACGCCAUUUCCCACAAGCUCAGCCUAUCAAGUGUGCGAAAGGAGGAAGAGGGAGUGUAUGAAUGUCGGGUUUUGGACUUGUACUCUGAUGAGACUCAGGAAUACAAGGUGCAGGCCACUCUGCGCGUGACACCGCGCGAGGGAAUGCUGGCCGAGGAAGCCGUGUCUCACAUCCAGAACCGAUGGCCACUGAGGAACAGCAACACAGGUGGAAGGGCUACUUCUGAACCGGUCCAGGGUCAGGGAAAACCCCGCGUGCCUCCACCGGUUGGAAUGGGACCCGCUCCCUCCUCAACGACUACGACGGGAUCUGCAGUCAAGUCGUCUGCUUCGCCUCGGCCAGGCAAUUCAUCUAUCCAGAGACAACAGCACGGAUCCGGUUCCGGAAACAUGGCAGCCACUGAGCCACUCCUUUACAUCUCUCUGCUGAUCCUGCAUAAGCUCCUCCCCUUCCUGUUUGCCUACUAAGAGACCACAGCCAAACAACUCGCAAUGAUUUCACUUUAUGUACCAAACAACAAAGGGAAAAUAUAACUAUGUAUCUAUAAAUAUAUAUAAAUAUAUCUACCAUUAUGGCACUUCACAAAGAGGGAUGGGAUACGACUUACGAA